CACUCAUCGGACCUGAUUCACUCCACGAUCGGCUGCAUUCAUUCACAAAACUCAUACACCACGCUGUCUGCCACGCCGACACUGCAACAUGGCACUCUCUUACAGGUAUAAAGUACCUUUGCUGAUGCUGGUUGCUACAAUCCUCCUCCUUCGACAUUCUGCUGUUGCUCAGGUCACGUUCUCCCGAGACUGGACUGCUGGGAAAAGGUCUUUGAAUUCCGGUCUGGGCUCUGAAUGCGCUCCAAACGUGAAAUCUACCGUCGCCCUUUGCCAGAUUUUAGUCAGCGAGCUGCGUCAGUUGGCGUCUUGCGAGAUGAGGAGCCACCUGGGCCUGAGCGGCCAGACCAACCCAGACGACACCCUGGCAGAGGCAGCCCCCUUCCCUCCAAACCCCCGAGCCGGCAGAUAAAAGUCUGACCGCGAUGGAUUGCGUAGUUUGUAGUGUCUAAUUA